AUGUUAUCCUCUGUAUUUGGCGCCUUUCAAUCACCAUCACCCUCGGACGGUGUACCGCAGCGGCCACCACGUUAUGUCGGAGAGGAUACUACCCCAACCAGCGGACGGGAGAUCCUUGGUUGGUAUUCAUAUGGAAUUGCGGCCGAAGUCUUCGCGGUUUGUGGCGUAGGAUCUUUUCUACCUCUUACCCUUGAGCAAUUAGCCCGCGAACGAGGCACCCUUCAAACGAGCCGUCUGCCCUGCACUGGACCAUCCGCAGGAAACAGCACAAACAAUGAAAAUGGCCAAUGUGUUGUUCCACUCUUUGGCCUGGAGAUCAACACGGCUAGUUUCGCCAUGUAUACCUUCUCGCUGGCAGUGCUUAUCCAGGCACUGACUUUGAUAUCCUUCAGUGCGUUGGCGGAUUAUGAGAACAACCGCAAAACAUUACUGAUGGUAUUCGGAUUUGCUGGAUCGCUUGCUAGCAUGUUAUUUGUUUUCAUCGCCCCGCCCGUUUUCAUUCUCGGUUCAAUAUUGGUCAUUGUCAGUGUGACUUGUCUUGGUUCCUCAUUCGUCGUUCUGAAUUCUUUCCUGCCUGUGCUGGUCGCCAAUGAUCCUUCUCUCCAAUACGGCAAACCGAAUGAAGGGGCAGAACUGUCAAGCUUCAACCGCGAGGAGAAUGAUUCAGAGUGGAAUGCAUGGGGUGAUGAUGACAACGAUAGUUUGGAUGGGCUGCAUACUUCGGGUCAACCCGAUCGCUCUCCGGAAGAUGGUAAGGGAGCACGCACUGCUCCCUCAUCUUCGCCGGAGCUGCAGCUAUCCACCAAAAUAUCCUCCAGGGGCAUUGGUCUUGGAUAUUGCGCAGCGGUGUUUGUGCAAAUCAUCAGCAUCAUCAUGCUGAUUACCUUAUCGAAAACUUUCCUUGGAAAGGUAUCAGCAACGCUUCCCAUGCGCUUCGUAUUGCUCCUGGUCGGCAUUUGGUGGGGCUCAUUCACUUUCGUAACUCGCCAUUUGUUGAAGACUCGGCCGGGCCCUCCUUUGGAUGUCUCCACCGAAGGUACUGCGCGGUGGCGGGCUUGGCUCCGACUGAUGGGUUUUGCAUGGAAAUCUCUCUGGAACACAGUUAAAAUAGUGAUGAAAUUGCGAGAAGUUCUCAUCUUUCUCGUUGCAUGGUUCCUUCUUUCAGAUGCAAUGGCGACCGUCUCUGGGACGGCGAUACUUUUUGCGCGCACGGAACUUCGAUUAAGCACGCCACUGGUCGGACUCCUCUCGAUUACCGCCACGGUGUCAGGGAUGAUGGGCGCGUUUUUGUGGCCACACGUGUCUCGACACUUUGGCCUGCAAUCCAAUCACACCAUAAUCUUGUGCAUUGUCCUUUUUGAGUUGAUUCCGUUAUAUGGUUUGCUCGCCUAUAUUCCCUUCAUCAAAAACUGGGGGGUAAUAGGGUUGCAACAGCCAUGGGAGAUCUUCCCGCUAGCCAUCGUCCAUGGCAUUGUGUCGGGUGGGCUAGCAUCAUACUGUCGAUCAUUUUUCGGACUCUUAAUUCCUCCCGGGAGCGAGGCUGCCUUCUACGCUUUGUAUGCUGCUACUGACAAGGGAAGCUCAUUUAUUGGGCCAGCUAUUGUGGGUGUACUAGUUGAUGCUACCGGGCAAGUCCGGAGUGGCUUUUUCUUUAUUGCAAUUCUUAUAAUUUUGCCCAUUCCACUGGUGUGGAUGGUCAACGCUGACAAAGGUCGAAGUGAAGGUUUAGCGAUGGCUGAGACCCUAAACAAGUCACAUGAGGGAGAAGAGGAGGCGGAGGGGCUUUUGGCGGGUCAUCGAUGA